AUGGGUUUCAGCAGCAACAGUUCAGAAAAGGCAACAGUUGAGGAUGGAGAAGUGUAUGGACAUUUUGCGCUCAUCAAAGCUGGGAUUUUGGGUUUGGUUUUUGUGCUUGCAACAUGUGGCAAUCUUUUCUUCUUGGGCAGACUUUGGAAGAGGCGAAAAAGAAACACAAAGACCCAGCUGUUCCUGUUGCACCUGUGCCUGGCAGAUCUGGUGGUCGCCUUUUUCCAAGUCCUACCGCAGUUUGUCAUGGAAAUUACGCACCGGUUCCGAGGCACGGACUUCCUGUGCCGGUCCGUGAAAUACUUGCAGGUGGUCGGGAUGUUUGCCUCCAUGUACAUGAUUGUGGCCAUGACCAUAGACCGGUACCAUGCGGUUUGUAAGCCGAUGGUUUCCUUCUUGAAGGGCUCGUUUCGGAGAUACCUCUCCAUAGGCGCAGCGUGGCUCAUCUCUCUCGCCUUCAGCGCUGCUCAGAUCUCCAUCUUCUCUCUCCAUGAGGUGGGGGAGAACCUGUACGAGUGCUGGGCCACAUUUAUUGAACCGUGGGGGAGCAGGAUCUACAUUACCUGGAUCACUCUGUCAGUGUUUGUCCUGCCUGCAGUCAUUGUGCUCUACUGCCAAAUAAGAAUAUGCACAACAAUCUACUUCAACAUGAAGAGAAAGGCGCUGCAGGCGGGGCGCGCACGCACUAAGGGGGUGUCCAACGCCAUGCUGAAGACUGUGAAAACGACAUUUGUUAUUAUAAUGACAAACACAGUGUGUUGGAGCCCAUUCUUUGUUGUCCAGUAGUGGUCUGCAUGGAGCCCCAGCAGUGCGCCUACUCAAGGUCCAGUAUUUGCCAUCAUCAUGUUGCUGGCCAGCCUCAACAGCUGCACCAACCCUUGGAUAUAUCUCUACUACACCUAA